AUGGCGCAGCGGGAUAGGCGCGGGGCCGCGCGCGGUUCUUCAAUCACAACGGAAGACUAUAAAGCCUCUUGGAGCUCCCACUUGGGGUCCCGGAGGCUCAAAGGCGCCGGAGUCCCGCGCCCCCCUGAGCCGGCAGUCAGGGCUGCCCUCUUCCCCAGCGCGGGUGCGAACCGCGAGCUCGGAGCCCUUCCACACCCGCCCCUGUCUGGGGUCUCGGGGAACCAUUUCAGAGGCUGCAAAGGUGUUGUGGACAGAAGGAGGCAUCGCUGUCUGCGCACCGCCGGGCCUGCGGCUGCCACCGUCGGAGAAGCCUCCAGCUCACCUCCCGGGUCGCGCCGGCCGGGAGCCUCUGCCCGCCGCGCGCGGGCGUCCGGGGCAAGUCCGCGUCGCCGCGGAGCAGCCGAGUUACCGCCCCGAGGCGCGCGGCCGCCCCAGCCCGCCCCAUCUGCGCGCCUCGGGGUAGCUCCCGUUUCUUCCCAGCCGCCUCCGCUUUGCUGCCAGCGCCCCCUUCCCCCGCCCCGCCGAGGCGAGGGCUGCCCCCCCACCCCAUACCCAGAUCCUCGCCUCGCCGAGCGCCCACACUCGCCAACGCCCCCCACGCACCCCGCCCUCCGGCCACCACGGCAGCGGCCACGCGCGACAUGUAGGGCCGUGACCCCAGCGAUUAAACGGCGGUUACCGUCAGUGUUUGUGGGGAGCCCCAUCGUCUCCCCCACCCCCGUCCUCCUAUACUACACGCAACGUCUCGCGUUCUUCCUGGCGAAUCCACGGCGAGGUUGGCCAGCGCGGACCCUUCCCCGGCUGUCCCAAGCCCACCCAGAGAUCGCCUGCAGGCAGCAGGCGCGGUGGGAGGGGGCGGCAGAGGUCCCAGAGCCGGGUCGGGACGCCAGGGGUCAGGGGCGUGUGAACCGCCACUCCGAACCCUCCCCGGGCGCCCACGCGCGGUCCCCAGCGCCUCUUCUCGGCUCCUGUGCUCCCCACUUACCCCGAGUCACUCUAAACCGUCGCUUGGGGAGCUCCCUCCCUGCGGAACUGCCCCGCCCGCUGCGCGGGAACAAUUUUAAAGCAAAGGAGGCGCGGCCAGGUGGGCUCCCAGGCUCCUCGCCCACCCUGGGGCCAGCCUCAGUCGCCCCCGGGCGCGUCCCCACCGGACCUCGGAGGGAGGUGGGGGAAGGGCGAGGAGCGAGGAGGCGUCCAGGGUGGAGGGAAGGAGCAGCUCGGGAGCCAGAGGGAGCCUCCCGUCCCGCUGGCCGGACGAGGACGCCGCGACCCGGGGGCUGUACCUGUGUCGGUGGGGCCGGCGGCCGGCGGCAGGGCGGCUGGCUCUCCCGCGUCGAGGCUAGGCGCACUCCCAUCCCCGCCGCAUGUUCUCCGCGCGGGCUCCAGCGCGCUCACCGCCGCCACCGCCGUCGUUUCGGCUUUAUUUACCCAGACGGGCGCGCGCGGCCCGGGAACAGGAAUACUGAGGCCUUCUCAUGUUUCCUGACUGCCCGGCCCAGCCGGCGAACAUCCUGCGGGCGCGGUAUCCACGUUCCCGGGCCGGCGGGAGGAAGCCUCCGCGCCCGCCGGGCCGCGGGGACUGCUGUUAACCCUCGCGGAGGAGCUGCCGCCGCGGGCGCCGCCGGAGCCCCCGGCCCACGGAGUCCUCCCGGGCCGGCCCGGCUCCCAGAUCCGCGGGCCUCGCAGGCGCGGAGCAAAAGGAGCGAUUUCCUUCGCACUUAG